AUGGCGGUCACGAUCCAUCGCGAUGGAAGGAACGACAGGAAGGUUCGCAUCCAGUCGGGCUGCGGGGCAGGGUCUUCUCUCUGGGCAAAACGUGACGCACGGGGGAGUGCGGCGGCGAUGACGGCGCGGAGCUGCCCCGGCCCCCUCGGGCGCUCGCCCUGCCUGUACGGCUCAGUUCCCGGCCGCUGCGGGGCCGUCCACGCGUCGACAUCCGUCCCCCCGUCACGGAGCAACGGACCAGGCACUGGACCCCAGACACGACGCGUCCGCGGGAGUCGCUGGGGCGUGGAACCCACGGACAGAGGCGGGCCUGACGGAGCCUACACUGAAGACCCGCAGUUCGCGACGCAGGCAGGCGCUGCGGCGAUGCGGGCGGUCCGCGCAGCCGCGCUGCUGUGCUGUGCCUUGCUCCUUGGGGUGCCCGCGGCGGCAGCGGAGCGCUCGCUGCGGCAGGACAGCCCCGUGUGCAGCGCCCUCGCGUCACUGCGGAGAGAUGGCGUCCGGGACGAUAGCGAGGUCGCAGGGCUGCUCAGAGGGGUCACACUCCGCUUGGGCGUGAUCGAGGAGCCGCCGUACACGGAGUACGUGCGCGAGGGCGGGGAGUUCAGGGGGGCCGCCGGGUACACAGUAGACGUCCUGGAAGCCGUGGCUGCGCGCGGGGGGUUUACGUACGAGAUGGUGCCGCUGGACGAGUCGCGGCUGCAGGCGGGGGAGGAGACGUACACGGAGCUGCUCGCGCGGACGAUCGCGCAGAACGACUUCGAUGUCCUGGCCUCGAACUGGUACAGCACUGCGGAGCGGCAGCGCCUGGGGGUGUUGUUCGGGAGGCGCGUGAUCGACAGCAGCGGGUACGUCGUGGCGCCGAAGAACGACGUGUCGAACGAGCCGCCGUUGUCGGAGAAGCUCGGCCUGUUCGCGCAGCCCUUCUCCGGGGGCGUGUGGGCGACCAUCGUCGGGCUGCUGAUCUUCCAGGCGACGGUGAUGUUCUUCCUGGAUCGGCAGCGCGUGAAGCGCGUGGCGAGGGAGCACCGCAUCGUCGUCGAGCAGCUGCGCCACGAGGCGAGGAAGGACGACGCUGCGCGGCAGGGGCACAUGUGCCACACGGCAGGGGCCGGCCCGCCGGCUGCGAAGCCGCUGCCUGGCGCGACACUGUCGAUGCGCUGGAACAACGGGUGGGCGGACGAGGCGUCGCUUUCGCGGGACGAUGCGGAGAAGCCGACCGCUGCUCAGGAGGUGGCGGACCUGCGUGCUCGGCUGGCGUGGGUGGACGCGCUGGCGCAGUCUGCGUUCGAGACAGUGUCGCACAUGGCGCAGGCGGAGGACGCCCCCAUGCCCGUGGCGUGGGCCGCGCGCGUGCAGAACGUCGUGUGGUGCUUCCUGGUGCUGCUCACCAUCUCGGCCUACACCGCCAACCUCGCGACCUUCCUGAUCGUGCGCUCGCAGCCCGAGUCGAGCAUCAACGGCAUCGGGGACCUCCUGGGGCGGCGCAUCCCCACGUGCGUGCAGUUCGACACGGGGCUGGGGGAGUUUGUCUCCUCCAAGUACCCUAGCCUGAACUCUGUGCGGUCGCGGUGGUCCGACGGCAUCGACAACGUCGAGGCGAACAGGUGCACGGCCAUCAUCAUGGCGCUGUACGACGCGCAGCUGGCCCUGACUAGCGGCGCCGGAUGCAGCCUGGCCGUGCAGGGCCAGCCGCUGGUGGACCUUGGCGGGGCGUGGGCGUACUCGCCGUCUUCGGAGGCUGGCUGCGGGCCGCAGGUCAUGGUGGUGAUGGACAGCCUGCUGGCGCAGCUCAGCGAGGAGGGCGUGAUGGCAGAGCUGUGGGAGCCGUACGUGCAGCGACAGUGCGCUGCGGACCUGGAGAGCGAGGGCGCCUCCGCGAGCAACAAGGUGACGCUGUCGCUGGAUGGCUUCUCGGGGCCGUUCUUGGUGUACGGCUGCGCGACGUUCUUGUUGAUAUGCUGUUCGAUCAUCGGUCACUGGAGGGAGCAGGACAGGGGGCGAGGAGCGGGGUCGCAGGAGGCGGACAGGAGCGCUCCUGCCCUUGCGGCGUAA